CAAAUGCUAAUAAAGUGCCUCAGUUAAGCUGAAUUCAGCUAAAAGGUCCGUGUGAUUUAAGCGAGGCUAAAAGGUGUGGAGAUGUGAUAAGGUUUUGCUUAUUUAGUCAUGACCCUGAGGACUUUCUACAAAGAGACGAAAUAUAUACUGUGAAUUAGGAGAGCUAGUAGCAGAGGAAAACACUGAUAAACUGCUUCAAACACACACCCAUACACACACACACACACAAACACGAAGCCCCACAAUAGGACCCCGCCACACGGAGACUUUAAUUGAGCUCCCUCCCCUCUCCUCCUCCUCCUCCUCCUCCGUCCUCUCCUCUCCUCCUCCUUCUCCUCUCCUCCUCUUCUGGAGACUAACUUCUCGUCGACACACCACUUCAUUUCAGUUUGUUUUGGACUGGAUACGACAAGCAGCAAAGAAAUGGCUUUCCUACACACGACUGUUUUCAUACCGCUAUUUCUUCAGGUCUGCCUUCUCAGCUGCAGCGCGUGGGCCAAGGUGGAGCUGACUAUGCAUGACAGUAUUGAGGUGUACCUGGGUGACUCGGCUCAGAUCCCCUGCCAGUACAGCUUCACUGAAGCCAACAACGAGCCCAGCUUCGUCAUGAUCCAGUGGUUUGUGAGAGCUGGAGGUAACAGCGCGCGGAUGCGGAUCUUCUACGGUGAUUUCAGUCAGGAGAUGGUGGACAACAACACAGACUACAGCGGACGCAUCGACGUGACUUCGGACAAGCACGGAUCUCGACUCAUCAUCCAGGAUGUCCAGCUCUCCGAUGAGCGGGAAUUCUUCUGCCAGGUUAACGGGCUGGCUGCGGGGAACGCUGAGGGCAAGACCCACCUCAGAGUGUUUGCUCCCCCAGAGGCUCCAGUGAUCGAAGGUGUCCUUACUGGGAUUUCGGUGACCAAAGAGCUGCCUUCUAAGGUCGCAUCAUGUGAGGCUCGGAACGGCUUCCCGAAACCCAACAUCACCUGGUACAGAAACAACAUGCCACUGAUGACUGUACCAGGACAUGUUAACGUGUUGAUCCUGGUGACUCGAGAGAGAAGCAGUUUCUACUCUGUCCAGAGCACGCUGGAAUACAAGGUGGUGAAGGAGGACAAGGACGCUCAUUUCUCCUGCGAGGUCAUCUUCUUUGUUCCAGGAGCCGUCAGGACAGUCGAAUCCAACAGCGUCAACAUCACUGUUCACUACCCCACCACCAUGGCGGAGCUGUGGAAGGAGUCGCCCCAGGGCUUGGUCAAAGAGGGGGAUACUGUGGAGCUGCGUUGCCAGGGUGAUGGCAACCCCCCGCCGCCCUUCAUUUUUAACAGAGAACAAGAGCCGGAUGUGGACUUGGAGAGCCGCGGUGAUGUUUUGUUCCUGUCGGCAGUGUCACGGAAAGACAGCGGCAUCUACCAGUGUCGCCCUCUGGACACCGACAGCUAUACCGAAGUCAAAGGAGAAAUGCAGCUGACUGUUAACUACUUGGACCCGGCUGUGGUGGUACCCAAAGACUCAGAGGUCAUGCUCAAAGGAGAAGAUCUGACUGCAACCUGUAACGCUCUGUCCUCCCUGAAAACAUCGACCGUGUGGUACAAGAAUGGGAAGCUGGUGGGUAAGGGGAACACACUGCACCUGCAGGACGCCACCUAUGACACAACAGGAGAGUAUGUAUGUGAGGUGACCGUUCCCUCCCUCCCCACCCUGCACACCAGCGGAUCCGUUCACAUCAUCGUCCAAGGUAGUCCCCAGCUGCUGGGAGUGGAGCAGGAGGUGCAGCUGGAGGAGGCAACAGGCAGGAUGGUGAACCUGAGUUGUGAGGCUAAGGGACAUCCACCACCCAGCAUCUCCUGGAACAUCAUCGGCAGCCAGAGCUGGAAUGAGGUGAUGAACAAGGCGAAUGAGCACAUGACUCACAGCGUGAUCUCAGUCAAGGUCACCUCGGACAUCAGCGCUCAGUGCAACGCCUCCAAUGACAUGGGCACUGAAGUCAAGGCUUUCAGCAUCAAAGCCAUUCCCAUGGUCACCUCAACUGCUCCCUUCUCUCCCGCUGAAGGCAGCGGAGUGAUCAUAGUGGUGAUCAUACUGAGUCUGCUGCUGCUCGCCAUCCUCGGCAGCGUUCUCUACUUCCUGCACAAGAAGGGAAAGAUCCCCUGCGGGCGCUCAGGGAAGCAGGAGAUCACCAAAGAGAAGACCACCAAAGAUGACAUUGUCGUGGAGAUGAAGACCAACACAAAGAAUGAGGAAGCUGUCCUGCUAAAGGCCGUCAACGGAGACAAAAAAGGCCCCAAUGACAAGUAAACUCCCCCCGACUGACGAGCAGUGACGUCUUGAAGCCAGCUGUCAGUGUGUGUCGGAGCUGCGGAAGCCUCCACCGAUCUGAAACCUGCAGGGUAACACCACCUCAUAGACCGGACAUGCCCCCCCCCCCCCCCCCCCCCCCCCCAUCAUGCUUUGUAAAUCAACAGUAUUCAGUAGAUUCACACAGGAACAAUCACAUCCGUAGACACGAAACCCACCAACACACACUCACACAGGUAUGACAGGUGUAAUGAAUGUUUGCUUCCACAGUUCCUCUGUUCUGUUUUUUUGUACUAUUUCCUCAAACUGUUGUUCAUUGUGUGUAUGAUGGUGCCUCAUGUUCAUCAUCUUCUUUUUUUUUUUUUUUUUAUGAAAGUGUAUAUAUUAUAUAUAUUUUGUUAUUUAAGAUAUUUUGGCACUCAGAUUUUCAUUUCAUGGUAGCGUCUGGGUCGUGUGCAUGUUGAUCCGUGUUCAUUGGUCCGGAGUUUUAGGACGGGAUAUGACGUCAGAGACCAAACGCUGCGCCUGUUCAGCAGCUCUUUACUGUUGGUUCACAGUCACACCGAGAGGAGGCUUGUCAGUGUGUUUGCUCAAGUUUUUGAUUGAUUCCAAUAUUUGUAGAAAUUGAUUUUAAAAUUUAAUGUUUUCAAGCCAAAAAAAUUACGAAUGCUGAGGUGUUAAUGUCUCGUUUGGGUGGGAAAAAACUCUGAUCAACAUUUAGAUCAUCAGGAGACACUAAAGCUUGAAACACAAGAUAAAAACUGCCAAUCAGACACACUGGGGGCCUUUUCUUUUGCAAACUGCUGUCAAGCCCUUGUACUGUUUGUAAAUACAUGUAGUGUACAGACCUGUUAGUGGUGGCCUUGGACUGUUACUGAAGGUGAAAAGGUCAAAGGUUAGUGAUCUGCUGUGCCUGUGUUGAGAAUGCAUCAUACACUGAAUUAGUUUCUUGUUUCUUGGGUUUGCUCUGUGUAUUUUCUUUGUGUUUUUUUCCACUGAGAGCUAGUUGAGCCUGAAGGACUGCUCCGGUGUUUGUGCAUGUUUAACACAUUUACUACAGAUAACACACACACACACACACACACACAUCACUGUUGAACAUUCUGCAAAAAGUUUUUCUUUCAUUUGCGGGCAGCCAUUAGUUCUUGUUUCAGCUGGCAGACACUUAAAACUUGCUCGACUUAGAUAAUCCACCAUAGUGAACAUUUCUGCUCUAAAUCUAAAUAUUAUUCCAUGUUAAUGUUGUUUUUACUGUAGAUUGAUAUGGAAAGUCUGCAGACAUUAUGUUCACUGUGACGGUUUAAGCAAGUUUCAAGUGUUUUUAAUUCAUGAAACGAAUAUAAAGCGAUCGCUGCGGAAGGUAGAAAAUACAUGAAAAUGUCUGAAUUAGAGAAAUCCCUGCCGAGCUUUGAAAAACUCAGAAGAUUGUUAAAAUAACACUUAACGAUGCUUUAAAAGUCUUUCCUGAAUUCUCAAAGAUUCUUUAACCAUCUGGAUCUAAAAUUAAGAAAUUAAACAAACAAAAAAAAGACAACUUUCAACCCCAAAUUUAAUUGCAAACAAUCCAAACAAAGUCGGUAAAGCAGAAAUGUCCUUGCAGAAUUUGUAGGAUGUUUUAUUAUUAUUACGUUUAUAAGAUUAUUUAAUAGUUUCAUACACAAUUACACAUUUAUAUUUUUAUUUGUACAAAACGAAGGCAAGAAAAACAAGAGAAAACAAGAGUCACAUCUUGAGAAACUGGUAAAAAAACCUUUUCAUGGAUGGAUUUUUCUUCCAUCCAGGCGUCAACCAGAGCAUUGAUUAGUGUUAUUAAACAGCUUUCUGGGGUUUUUCAAAAAUCAUCAGGGAUUUAUCUUGUAGUACAACAGAUGUUUAGCUCUGCGAUUCAAACGUAAUCUACAACAAGUCAGAACUGCCUAAUUUGUAGUAAAUCAGCUACAACAUGCGAGAAGCCUGGUCUGCUCCUUUAAGGGCCGCCGUUGUGAAUAUGAUGUGUUGGUUGUUCACUGUGUAGGUUUUGUGAAAAGGUUUGUUGCUGAGAGCGCUACAUUGCCCAAUGACUUGCAACAUUUAACAAGUAGUGAUACGUUUUUUUUCUUUGUUUGUUUGUUUGUUUGUUCCACUGAGUUGAGAUGUUAACAUUGUAGAAAUAUCCAGGUACGGGACGUCCUCAGGCAAGAAGUAUCCUCAUGUGUAGCGUGACGCUGUUUUUAUGGUUUUAGAAAAGCUGCACGAAGCCAUAACACCAAACGUCUCCUGUGUGCAGUUAAAUAUUUCUGCUUUGAUUCAUAAAUCUGCAUCUUUUAAGUUUUAAAAAACAACUUUUCAACACAACGUUUAUUGUUCUGGACUUUUCACCAGUGGGGAAAAAAAAAACAUGUUUGAAACUGAUCAUUGAAAUUUUUUUUUUUCUAAAUGUGUGUAAAUUAAGUACUGUACAUGUGAUUCUUUGAUGCUUGCGUUUUUUUUUUUUUAUAUAUUUUUUGCAAGAAAACAAUGCCAAAUAAAAACGUUUCAUUUAAAGAGA